UUAAUUACAAAUAUCAUCUCAAUUGUACUUCAGUGCAUCAGUCUAUUGUUGGUCUUCAGUGAUUUUAAUUAUUAUUCGUUAUAACAAUCAAAUUCUUUGAUCAAUUGCAACAAUGGUUCGUUCAACAAUUGUAUUCGUAGUCAUCUGCACAAUAUUGGUAACAUUAAUCAUUGAAUCAGAAGCUCAAUUAAAUUUCUCAACAGGAUGGGGUAAACGAAGUCGAAACUCUGGUUUAAGCCUAGACGUCGAUGUAAACGAUGGUGCCAAAUGUAAAGUUUCGGUUGAUUCCUUAAUGCAAAUAUACAAGUUGAUUCAAAUGGAAGCGCAAAAAUUACUCAACUGUGAAGCUAAAUAAUUUAUGGAAUUAUAAAAAUGAAAUUUGUUUAUUAAAAAUUACACAAUUAUAAUCUAGUCAUGUAUAUUACUUAACUUAUAAUUUCAAA